CAUACAACAAUGAUAAUUAAAAAUUAAACGAAUAAUUAUUAUUACUGCCUUAAACAGCAAAACUACGCUUUUAAAUUUACAAUAUAAUCAAAAAACUCAAAUUAGGAUGUAACUUAGCUUGCGAACACAUCACUAGGAAUAUUGUUCUGUGCAUAUAAUAUAUAUUGUUUAGAAAACGUGGAUAUAGAAAUGCAGAAUAACACUAAAUCAGAUUCUUUGAAUAAACUCAUUCAUGAGGAAAUACUGAGACAAAUUCCAUUGAUGGUCUACCUGAUAAUUCUUUGUAUAACUGGAAUAGCUGGAAACAUUUUAGUAUGUUACAUCUACACAAAGAAGUAUACGUUAUCCACGUUUCGCAUUUUUGUUACUGUGUUGGGGGCUGCUGAUUUAUUUAUCAGCAGUAUUAUUAUUCCGCUUGAACUUCUUCAGUUUGCCUGGCAAUACACUUUCAGCAGUGUCGCAGUUUGUAAACUGACUUUGUUUGUAAAAGCUUGGGCGACGAUAGCCUCGAGUUCGCUGUUGUUUUGUAUUGCAGUUGACCGUUAUCGAAAGGUCUGUAAGCCAUUCAGCUGGCAGAUAUCAUUUAGAGCAGCAAAGAUAAUGUGCUUCGGAUGUGCAUUUCUAGGUGUUGCCUUUUCCUGGAUUUCUCCCGUUAUUUACAACAUACAAACAAAGGAACUGGAUGUAUACAAUGUUACAAUCUCUGAAUGUGCAAUAACUGACUCUAUGAAGAAGACAGUAUUUCCUAUGCUUAAUAACGUUUCGUUAGCACUUCUGUUCGUCGGUGCUUUAACAGGCAUUAUAAUUAUGUACACCCUCAUUGCUAUCCGUGUUAAACAACAUCUGAAAAAGAAGAUAAAUGCCUCAAUGCGAAGAAGGCAAGCGAUAAAAAUUGAAGCGUGCAGUGAGAAACACACUGCAUCUGACGGCAAUAAAUAUGGUAAUGCAUCAGAGAGCAACACACUAGAAAUAUCAAACAGUGAUUUCUCUGAACAAGGGAACAAAAGACGAAAGAGAGAAAUUGAGAUGGAAAUUGUUAGAGGCAGUAACGACAAUGAGAGCAGUGACAUCUUCAAAGUAUCUGACGCUUACAUAACUGAUAUCGAUAAUGCUUCAGAUAUAAACGGUUCCAAAGCAUUAAAUGCUGAGUUCGGUCUGGAUGGGGAUAGAAGACAAGCAAAACAAAUUGAUAUAGGUAUUCGAAACACAUAUAGUGAGAAGAAAGAGAGCGACAAGGUAUCUGAAGGUAAAAUCACUGCUACCGGCGAUGCGUUAACAACACCACAACUUGAUUCAGCAGAAAAGAAACCAACAGAGGCAUGCAAAAAUGAGAAGUCUACACUAAAGCGAAGUUCAAACGAAAAUAGAAACACCAGAAACAGAUAUAGAACCACACUGAUAAUGUUUUUGGUUUCACUUGCAUUUAUUGUGUCUUAUUUACCACUACUUUCAUUACUUUUGAUAGUAAAUGCAGACAAGACGUUUGCGGCGGCUUUAACUGAUUCUGAAAGAGCGGCUUACAAGUUCUUCCACAGAUCAUAUUUGUUGAAUUGUGCUGUAAAUCCUGUAAUAUAUGGAAUAUGGGAUGUCCGAUUUAGAAAAUCGUGUAAAAUGAUGCUUAUGUGCCGAAAAUCGUGAGAUAAUAUUUCAGCUUUGAUCUGUUCAUCAUUGCUCGUAUAACAGUAUAGCGUGUUGAUAAGGACUUGCAUGUCGUAUUGCAAAAUAGUUUAUGAUUUCUAAAAUAACAAAAGCCUAUAUAGUGAUGCAAAUCUAUUGACGUUUGCAACAGGAAGUUUUAUAU